GAAGAUGUUGAGGAGUUCAUGAAGAAAGCAGAAAAUGAAUCUGCAGAGUCUGUUUUGAAACGGCAAGAGGAAUUGCAUCAGAAGUUCAAGUUUAUGGAGUAUAAUUUGAAUAUGAAGAAAUCAAGAUUGAAGAAUCAAGUUCCUGAUGUUAAAAGCUCCCUUGAUAUUGUGAAGCAUCUUAGAGUUAGAAAGGAUAAUACAGAGCCCUUCUCCACAAGAUUUCUGUUGUCAGAUAAUGUGUAUGCAAAAGCUGUUGUGCCACCCACUGAAAAAGUUUGUCUCUGGUUAGGGGCAAAUGUAAUGCUGGAGUAUGAAAUUGAAGAAGCAGAUGAAGUAUUGGCAAAAAAUUUGGAUGCUGCCAAAAAAUCUCUCAGUCAAGUGGAAGAUGACCUUUUAUUUAUUCGUGAUCAAAUGACGACGCUGGAAGUCAGUAUCCUUUGCCGAAGUUGAAGCAACAAUGCCUUA